AUGGAAACGAUCACCGAAACGAUCAUCGAAACGAUAGAAUGUUUGCAACACAGUCCACAGAAUUAUACGACUGAUGUAUUCGAGGCGGUGUUCAACAAGGUGCUCGCUACAACAUCUCCUCUGGUUUUGGCUGAACGUCUUGGGAAAUUUGACAACUACGGUGCCACUUUGUCGCAAUUGGCCUUGAUUAACAUUCAGCUGCUUAAUCGCAUCGAAAUCAAGUCAAAUUCGAGUGCGCAAGCAGCGGUGCUGGAAAAUCUUCAACAGUUGGCGAUCCAUCCAGAUUUUGUUGAGGAAGUGGAGUACUCCCUGCGUCUUAAAUUAUACGGAUGUCUGCCGUCCGGUAUUAGUUUGCUGUACACAGCGCAGAAGGUGUGUUUGCACAAGGCGAACAACAACAACGAAUACCUUUAUGAGUGUCAAGGUCCGACCAAUAUGUGCACCCGUGAACGAAACUACGAACGAGCAUCCUUCGAAGUGCAGCGUAAGCAAAUUGAUGCUAAGAACAGGACACAGUUUGCUUUUCUGAGUACCCAUUUUCUCAAUCGCUGCUUAGCAAUAACAACGGAGCAAACGAAAUUCACAACGAACGUGUAUGGUCGAAACAAAAUCAACUGGUUUCAUGUGAUACCGGUGCAGGAGGGCGUGGCACUCCAAGAUGCUGCCACAUCCGAGUCCUUAGUCUGCGGCGGCGAUUCAAAACAAUGGAAAAGAGGAAACCAUUUUGCACACACGCUCGAGGCAAAAUACAUAGCUGCCUAUCGUGAAGAAUGCAGUUGGAUCGUAGAGGAUUGCACUAAUAAAUAUUAG